UCGCUGUUUUUUGGUAAAGUUGAGCAGCAGACGGCGUUUUCCUUAAGUGUGAGUUUCAUUUCAUGAUUCAUCUGCAAUCGCAAUGCAUGGGCGACUUUAGCGACGAGCAACAAUGGAUCGCUUGGCAGGAGGUGACGAGUUAUCGCGUAUUUUCUGUAAAUAUUCGUCGUUGUUAACAAUAGGGUGAUUUUCAUCAAAUAUCCAGAAUCACGUGAGAGAAGAUAUUGGAGAAAUAGAGAAGGCCCGUAAGCGAAAAACUACAGUACAAAUAAAGACAAAGAGUUAGUUUGGUAGAAGGUCGCGAGCUUCAACGACUUAAGCAUAGUAUAUAUAUGUGGACGUAGAUUAUAGUUUUGCAAGAAGCCUUUAAGCGUAUGUUUAUUCGCGCACUUGGACGGGGUGUGUAUCUUUCAUCGCUCGAUCGGAGAAAAAUUUAAUCGUUCCUUCAAUAACAACACGACAUUAACAAGUUUUUCACACACAAACACAUAUACACGCAUUCGGCGUCUUUUUUUUUUUUUUUGACGAGUCAAGUCGAUCGUCUCAAUCUUCUCACACGUUUCAGUGUGAUACGCAAUUUUGGUUUAGAUGGGCGACGACACAACGUGUUACAAAAGAUAUAAGUACAGUUGAAUAGAUAACGGAUAUUCUUUCAAAAUGCUGUCCGACAUGAAUCAUAUUAGGAAUACUAAAACAGUGGAAAUUGUCGAGGAAUAUACCUCCUCGCUUCAGGAACUCAAUACAAACAGCAAACCACAUAUCAAUAUGCUUACUCUAUUAGCGGAAGAUUAUAUCGAAUAUGCAUCAGCUAUAGUUGAAGCAGUAGAAGCCCAUUUACAAAAGGUGCAAAGUGAGGUCAAACUUCCCGUUCUUUAUCUUAUCGAUUCAAUAAUCAAGAAUGUAAAUGGAUCCUAUUUAAAUCUUUUCUCAAAAAAUAUUGUUCAUACAUUUUGCGACGUAUUUGAAAAGGUGGAUGAAAAUACAAGAGUGAAAAUGUGGAAAUUAAGGCAAACGUGGAACGAAGUGUUUCCCAUGAAAAAAUUGUUUUCUUUAGAUGUACAAGUUCACAGUAUCGAUCCGGCCUGGCCUUUAUCAUCUUUACCUCCAAACGCUGUAUCAUCGAAAUCAAUUAUUCAUGUGAAUCCUAAAUUUUUGUCGAUGCAGCAGAAAAUACAACAGCAGAUGAUAUUACCACCAGUAAAAUCAGUGACUGAGCCUGCUUCUGAAUCGGAACUGAAAAUGAAAGAGGAGUUUUUAAAGAAACAGCAAGAGCUAAUUGAACUACAGAAGCUGAAACCAAAAUUAGAAAUGUUGCUCCACAAACAGAGGCAAUUGGGAAGGUCACUUAUCCAUAUUAAACCUGAAUUGAUGGCUUCUGAUUGUGCCUUUAAACAAUCAAUAGUAACCACUGUGCCUUACGAUGAUUUACGAUCAAUGGAAAAACAGUCAUUAAUUCGAGAGAACGAAUUAUCGACGUCGAUGCAGCAAAAGGUUCUAGGCCUUCAAUCUCUGGAUCCUCAGCUGCAAAGUGAAAUGGCGCUGCAGAAUGGCGUUAGCAUCAGCAGUAUCGCCGAUGAGGAUCUCGAAGCAAAAGUUUCGACGUGUCUUGAAUUUAGUGUCGACAAUUCCUUAGUUAGCCUUAGUCCGGUUAAAGUACGCACGAGCGACGUGGCUCCGCGAUCCGAUAGUUGUCAGAGCGACUCUAAUACUGAUUUAUCACUGAUUUUUAACGAUAAUAAAUGCUUUGAUAAUGACCGUAACCAAAGAUCUAGUAGUAGUAGCCAAAAAACAGCGAUAGCCGUAAUGGGCGACGCGCAGCAGGAGAAUUCUUCGGAUCGCUCGCCGUCGAAGGGUUCUUCGGCUCGCGGUCCCCUCUCCUCUUCAUUAACUUUGAAACAGCAGCAAUCGAAUUCCCUGUCGCAUAAUUCCUCCGCAUCGUCUCACAAUAAUAACCGAUCCUGGAACAAAUCCCAAGAUGACAGCUUCUCGUUAUCAAAUACCACGUCCUCUUCGAUCUCCUCGUCCUCGCCUUCCUCUUACUCCUCGCCCCAUAAAAAGUCCAAAUUACAUCGACGUAGCCGAAGUCCUAGCGGUUAUCACCACCAUCACCACAAUUACCAGCAUCGUCACUCCCCUAAGCUGCACCAAACUUGCCUCGACGAGGAGGAGCAAUUCGGUGGCUCGCUCGUGAUCUCGCCCCCGCAACCCUCGUCGGCGAAUGCUUUUAAGGACGGCGGUGGUAGCGAUCGCGGAAGGAAAGGAGGCAGGGAUAGUACUAGUCGCAGUCGCAGUCGCAGCCGUAGUCUCGAGGGCAAGAGGCGGGACGACGUCAGGCAACACGACAGCGGCAGCAGCAAGGACGAGGAUUUGCGGACAGCGUUGGUUGCUGCCAACAGUGCAGCAGUGGCAGCCGCGGCGGCGGCCGCUUUGGACACGAAAGAAGAUUUAGAUCUACGUAUACUUCCAAUGACAUCUAAUAAGAGACAAUCAACAGAAAUACUUCAGCCAUCAAAUGCAAAGAAAAGCAAGGAUGAAAGGUUUGAUGAUCUCUUCGGGAAGGAGGACGUGGAUCUGCGACUCUUGCAUCCCGCGGCCCAGCCCGUGACCGCGCAACUGUCUUCGUUGCCCUCGUCAUUGUCGUCGUCGCCCCCUACACCUCCGCCGCCCGUCAUCUCCUGCGACAAAGACGGCUGGGCGAAGCUCAAAAUGCCGAUGAAGUCAAAUCCGGGCCGCUCCGAGUCGAGUCGUGCCUCGGACGGUGGCCGCUCCGAUCGCCCGGGACGUGGCCGCACCAAACUUUACAGCAAGGCACCGGAGGAGCGGAGACGCGGUGUCCGGGAUUACGAGCGAAAUGCCGAUAGGAACAUCGAGAUCAUCAUGAAACAGGCGGCCGAGCAGCUUAACCAGGGUACUAUCACCAAGUCACAGUACAAUAAGCUCAUACAGGAGGUGCUGCAUAUGAGCGAGGACCAGAAGCUCAGGGCGGCCCAGAGAAAGGAGAGAGAGGGCAAAUUGUGGGAGAGAAACGAGAAAGGCAGGCCCAAGGAGCACGGCGUGCAUCCUCGACCGCCCGGUGGUCUUAGAUGGCAGCAGCCUUGGCAUCAACCCUGGGCUCAUCAGCCUGGACCCUUCCAAAGUCAUUUUCGGCCCGAGUUUCGACCCAUUGGUCCGUGGCAGAAUCAUCCUAGAUUAUUCAGUGGUCCAAUUAGAUCGGACUUCCAUCAAUUUCACGCUGGUUUCAAUCCUCGAUUAACACAUUCUGCUUUGGGUCCAAAUGGACCCAUUAUCCUACCAAAUGGCCCCUUGAAAUCGUUACCGGGAAGUCCGUUAAUUUCUCUGGGGGGUCCGUUGGGUGGUGUACCACCAAGCAUUAUUUUGGGAACAAGCGGCGGCCCUAUGAUCUCCAAGAAGUUGUCGCCAACCUCCGGAGAUGUCAAUACGGAUAAUUUGGUAUGGUCCGUUCCAUCGUUUUCCACUGGUGAGGUGAAGUCAGCUAGCGAUCCUGAGAUCAGUUCCAUCAAUAGCGAUGAAUUGCCGCCGGCCGAUCCAAUGUUGCUAGAGGAAAUAGUAAAGGAUACCAUGAGAUCUAUCAAUAUCGACAAUGUGCCUCGAGAAAUUAGAUAUUACGGGCAUACGGGCGUCAUAUUUAUGCAUUGGGAUGAUCCUAGAGAUAUUGGAUUUCAACAUGGUGCCAGAAGAAUUUCCAUCGAUGGCAAAGAUACGGUUGUGUGCUCUUUUAACGAUGAUUAUAGGGAAUUCACCUACGAUGGAGAGGUUCACAGAAUAAAACUUGGUGCGCCUACAAGAGAAUUGUAUGUCGAUGAUCAAUGGUAUCAAUGUUAUUUUGGUGGUCAACAAGUUAUGGUUGAUUUGGGAAAUAAGAAAGUUAACAUAAAACUUGACGGCCCUCCUCCUCAAGUAAAAAUUGGAACUAUAAAACGUACGGAUCUUGUUGUUGGAAAAAUAAAUCUAAUAAUUAAUGCAAGGAGUAUGGUUCCAGUUUUUCUUGAUGCUAAGCCACAAAUGUUCAACAUUGACGGAAAGUCGUGCACUCUAGAAUUUAUCGAUGCUUUGCAAACGGUCUUAUUGAAUGGGCGGCCAUUUCAAGUUGAAUUUGGUGGUCUGCCCAAGCCCGUUUUCGUUCAAGGGAAGAAACACUUUAUACGUUUCUCCGUAUUGCCACGUGGUUUUCAUGCCGGUUAUGUUAAGAUCAAAGGUAUGAAAGGCGAACAGCCGAAAGAGGCAUCACUCGAUGGUGGAAAAAAGACUCUCUCGGAAGCUUCUGGUUCAUCGGUAACUGUGGCUUCGCAUUCACUUAUAGAGCCGGAUUCAACGUCUCAAGAUGGCAUGGAGCACUCCUACACCUCUAAAUCUGAUUUGCAAUUGGAUGUUCUGUCUUCGGUUGUAACUUCUGCUAUGGCUCCUUCAUCUGGACUAUCAUAUCAAGCUGAAUCUGUCGAGAAUACAGCAGUUCCAGCGCCCACGAUUACUCUUCCUUUAAACCUUAGUGAAUUAUUCCAAAGAUUAUUAGAGACUGGCAUAGUAUCUAAUCUAAACGAAGCGAAAAAGCUCGAGGAGGACAAAAAGGCACCAGAAAUAAUCCCUGUCUCUUUUGAUAAGCCAGAAACAUUGAAAAUAAAACAGCCAGCAAUUAUUACGGCCCUAUAUAGUGGUAUACAGUGUAGUUCAUGUGGUGCUAGAUUUGCACCAGAAAUGGCAACUCGCUACAGUCAUCAUUUGGAUUGGCAUUUCCGGCAGAAUCGGAAAGAACGCGACUCUUCAAGGAAAGCGCAUUCGAGAGUUUGGUAUUACGAUGUCAGUGACUGGAUUCAAUUCGAAGAGAUCGAAGAUCUUGAAGAUAGAGCUCAAAGUUGGUUUGAAACUGAGAAACAGAACAUGGAGACGGAAACUGCUGCUGCUGAAGAAUUUUUUGCAGAAACCGUGUAUCCAAGUAUUCCUACAGGUGCAGAUGAAGAUUCGUGUUGUCAAGUUUGCCACGAGGCAUUCGAACAAUUUUAUAAUGAUGAAAAGGAAGAAUGGCAUCUCAGGCCAGCCAUUGCUUUUGAAAAUAAAAACUUUCAUCCCCUCUGUCUUGAAGAUCACAAAGAAAAGCUUCUUGCGAGAAUUAUAGCAGAGUCAAUUAGUACUGACAUAUCAGACACUAGUGAACACCAUAAAAUAAAUGUUAGUAUGCAAGACGAAAAAAUAGAAGUAAUAAAUGAAAUUAAGGAAAUAACAGAUGUAGAAUUACUUCAAAAGGAUAAUGUGCAAAAACCAUUGAAUAUCACAAAAAGUACAUCAAUUGAAAUAAUAGAAACAAUUGAUAAGAAAAUUGAAAUUAAUAAAAGUAAUACCGAUGUAAAAGUAUCUAAAGAAAUUGUAGAAAUAAUUGAAGAUAAAAAAAUAAAUAAUAUAAUUAUUAAGACGGAAAUAAAAGAGGAACUUAUUCCUAUCGAAAUAGAGGAAGAAUUAGUUGAAUUACAGCUAGACUCUGAAGUAAAUACUGCGGAAAUUGCUGGAGUUGAUUCUACUCAAGUUGCAGUUAAAAGUACAAUUGAUGGAAAUGUUGAAUUGGAAUCAAAAACAUCAACUAUUCCAACUACUCAGUCAAAAAUAAAAAUAAAUAUCACAAAAUCUCUCAACUCUCCAAAAGAAUCCAAAGAAAUUAAAGUAGAAAACGAGAUUAAGAAAGAUAAUCAAAAUGAAGAAGAAAUUGUUGAACCUUUGAAGCCAAUAUCAUUAAAACCAGCACUUUAUGGUAGAAAUCUUUCGGUUUUACCACCAGUAGAAAAAGGGGAGGAACUUUCUGCAUUAUGUUCGAUUAUGUAAAUAACUAGAAUAUGAAAUAUUGUAUAUAAUCAUUAUUUUGAUGAAAGUUAUGCACGUUAAAAUAAUAUUGGAACAGUUAUAUGUUCUUUGUUUGGAAAUAUUGUUAAUACUAAUUGGCAAGAGUCUCCCUUUUUCUUCUGUAUUUAAUGAUCAUUGAAAUUUGUGUUUAUAAAUUGGAGCUUGUACUUAAUAAGUUAAAGUUAGGUGUUUCAAAAAUCAAUUUUAGCAUAAUCAUUUGGAUGAAAUCGUAAUAAGGACCAAUAUUAAAGUGUAAUCCUUGAAAUUUGUAUUUUGUUAGUCUCAUUUGUCAUAAUAAUUAAUUGUUUAGGUUCAACAUUAAAUCAGCAGCAUUUGAAAGUGUGUCAGUGGUAUGUUUAAACUUAUAAAUGCGUGCCUAAUAUGCGGCAGUACAAUGUCUAUUGUAAGAAUAUUUUCAUGUCGGUUUUAACAGGACAGAUUUUCGAGCGUGACAUAAAAAUAUUGUCCUAAUGCCCCAGCAUAUUUAUUCAUCGUUAUUUAUUGCAACUGAAAAUGAUGAUGCCUUCAUUUAAUUUUGGUAUACCAACAAUUUGAGACAGUUCGAAAUUAUUGCCUGUGCACUUUUGCAGUUUUCAUGUCGAAUAUUGAAAGAGAUAGAUCUAAUAGUUAAUUAGGGGUUAAAUAAAUAACUUUGCUCAUCUUAAGUUACAAUUAUAAUGAUGACAAAAGCUUCAAUUUAUAUUGCUGAAUUUUUAAAAUUCUGCAUUAUCAAAGAAUAGAUUAAAUAGGUAAGCUUUCUUUUUUCGGCAUUCAUUAAACUCAGCUCUUUUGCGAGAAAAGAUAGCAUAUCUUCGUAUAAUAUAGAAACAAAAACAAUCAAAUCUGAUGUAUACAGAAAAACAAAUUUUGAUUCAUUGAAUCGGUAACAUUAUAAUUAUCCAUAAUUGGAUUGAUUUUAGGUCCGAGAUGAGAUCCUAAAAUUUUUUUAUAUUUUUUAUAUUUCAAAGCGAUUGUGGAUGUACUCAAAAUUGCCUUUCUCUGGAUUACAGAGAAACAAUAAUGAGGUAUUAAAUGAUUCGAAUACUUGUAAAUAAUUUUCAAGUACUGUGAUGUUUUGUAAAUAUUACUUAAUAU